AUUUGCUUUGUAGGUUCCCUUUUUAUUUUAAAAACAUGUUGGCAAUAGUGAAAUUACGCAAAAGUGAAGUGAGCGAGGGAAAGUGUUUUCGUUAUUCAAUGAAAUUUCUUAAGUGUGCGAUGCAUUCAUUCCAGGUAGCUUUUCGGCAAUAUACGCAGUCGAGAUAUCAAUGAGGAAACUUAUACAAACUCGAUUAGAAUUUAAAUUUAAUCCAUAUUCAAUCGAAAUCUAUAUCAUAAUCCUUAAAAUUUUUAAAUUAAACGUUACAUAAUUUAUCAUGCAGUAAACAGUGUAGAACGAAAUCAAAUCCCAACAAAUUAGUCUAUAUUGAACUGAAGGUGCAUUAAACUGAAAUAUGGCAAUAAAGUGAACAUAUUUAUUCGUGAAAAUAGUACGCUAUUCAAUACUGAUGCUUGAAUUAAGAUUUAACUUUUAAACGAUAGUAACCACUAGCGAUGAAAAUCAAUUGAAAAGCUAUUCUCAAGUAAGAUGACCUACUUGGUCAUAUACUUUCUAAUAAAAGUGAAGUUGCUGGAGUGGUUUCGAUUUAUUCGAAUGGGAGGGAUAGUAUCGCUUCGGGCAUCGUUUCAACAGGUUGAUGAGAUAUGGAGUUGAACGACUUGCGACACUGACCGGGAUUUGAAGAACAAGUCGAGCUAUUGGCUUCUGCUGUUGGCAACAAGCUGAAAAUUUAUGCAAGGAAAUAUUCCCUUUGCAUAUGCACCUUGAAUCUUGGACGCGCCAAAUUUGUAACUUUUAUGCUGCUUGUUCGAAUAAUGAGACUACUCGGUUAAGAUCCAUCAUCUAGCAUUUCGCAAAAACGUGUACACAUGUGCACCAAUCGUGCAAUUUAAAAAAUUUAGUCGAGACUAAUCUUUGCGAAAGACUAGAAUUUAAGAAUGAAAGAGAAGGUUUUGAAGAAAUAAGAGAGCAUGACCGCUUUAUUUUUUCAAAUGAAAAGUUAAGUAACUUUCCAUGUAAUUGUACAACAUACACUGUCUAUUCCUUAUUCAGAUAUUUACACAAUUUAUAGGGAAUGCAAAUCAAUCUAAGGCCAACGCAAUCAAAUCAGAUAUUGAUGGCCAAUAUUGGCAAGCGAUUGAUUGGGAACCAAUGCAAUAAUGCAUACAUUUUUUGUUUUUCAUACAAUCUAAUAUUACAAUUUUAGUCAGUGUAUACACAUCUGGUUUAGUGAUUUUACCUUCACCUUCUUUUUAUUUAUAGCCGGCAAACGUCCACACCCACAAAUUCCAUUAGGCAUCACUCUCUUGUGAUCGUAUAAAAUCGCGGACGAAUCGAAUUGAAAGUAUCAGUUAUCUAGCUGUUUCAAGCAAGUCAACUACUGCUCCAACAUGAAGUUCCUCGUCCUCGUUGCCCUUUUCGCCUUUGCUGCUGCCGAUUCUUACAAGGCUGCUGAAUACAAAGCCCCAAUGUAUGAGACUCCCAAGUACGAGGCACCUAAGUACGAAUCUCCUAAAUACGAGACUCCCAAGUACGAGACUCCUAAAUAUGAAGCUCCUAAAUACGAAGCCCCUAAGUACGAGACUCCCAAGUACGAGGCUCCCAAGUACGAGGCUCCUAAAUACGUAGCCCCUAAGUACGAAGCCCCUAAGUACGAGACUCCCAAGUACGAGGCUCCCAAGUACGAGGCUCCUAAAUACGAGACUCCCAAGUACGAGACUCCUAAAUACGUAGCCCCUAAGUACGAAGCCCCUAAGUACGAAGCCCCUAAGUACGAGACUCCCAAGUACGAGACUCCCAAAUACGAGGCUCCCAAGUACGAGGCACCUAAAUACGUAGCCCCAAAGUACGAAGCUCCUAAAUACGAGACCCCCAAGUACGAGGCUCCUAAAUACGAAGAAGUCACAUACGCCGCUCAACCCUACAGCUUCGGAUACGAGGUCCAGGAUAAAGAAUCUUACACUGAAUUCGAGCACAACGAAAAAUCUGACUACAACGUUGUCACCGGAUCUUACCGUGUGGUUCUCCCCGACAGCCGCGUCCAGAUCGUCACCUACAAGGCUGACGCCAACGGAUACACCGCUGACGUGAAAUACGAAGGCGAAGCCAAAUAUCCCGAGUACGUCGAGUCGCAAUACAAAGCUGCUGCUUCCUACGCUGCCCCUGGCUACAAGGCUCCUGAAUACAAAAAACCGGCCUACACUGCUCCAGCCUACCAAGCUCCAGCCUACACUGCUCCAACCUACGCUGCUCCAGCCUACACUGCUCCAGCCUACCAAGCUCCUGCUGCCUACCCUAAAUAUUAAUUCCCAUAAAUUGCAAUCUUCAUUGUGAGAUUAUUAUUUAAUAAAUCAAAUCUUCUAACGA